AUGAAGUUUCUCUUACUCAUGAGCUUUUACCUGCUUGGAUCUGCCAGAGGAGCAUCAGGUCUGCCUGAUGAGUCUCCUGGCUCGAUGGAUCAUCAAGCUUCCAUUCGGCAACUUUCAGGUGAGUACUUUUCACUUGCAAACCCUUCAGACAGUGAGGCUUUAUAUAAGGCUUCUUCGGGCAAGAACACUUUCAAUGAGCACGCUUCAGGUGAGCACGCUUUAGUUGGAGGUGCUUCAGGGGAGCACGGUUCCGGUGAAGCUGCUUCAGGUGAUCCCAAAUCGGGUGUGAGUGAACAUGCAUCAGGUGAACAGCCUUCAGGUGGACAGCCUUCAGGAGAACAGCCUUCGGGAGAACAACCUUCAGUAGAACAGCCUUCGGGAGAACAGCCUUCGGGAGAACAGCCUUCAGUAGAACAGCCUUCAGAUGAACAGCCUUCUGGUGGACAGCCUUCGGGUGAACAGCCUUCAGGUGGACAGCCUUCAGGUGAACAGCCUUCAGGUGGACAGCCUUCGGGUGGACAGCCUUCAGGUGAACAGCCUUCAGGUGAACAGCCUUCAGGUGGACAGCCUUCAGGUGGACAGCCUUCAGGAAUUUCAUCAGGCUUUAUUAAAUUUUCAGACCCAGUGUUAAAUUGCCACACAUGCUCUUAUAUGAAUGAUCAAGGAAAAUGUCUUCGUGGAGAGGGAACUUGUUCCACUCAGAAGUCCCAGCAGUGCAUGUUAAAAAAGAUCUUUGAAGGUGGAAAACUCCAAUUCAUGGUUCAGGGGUGUGAGAACAUGUGCCCAUCUAUGAACCUCUUCUCCCAUGGAACCAGGAUGCAAAUUAUAUGCUGUCGGAAUCAACCUUUCUGCAACAAGAUCUAG